GGGCAUUUCUAUAAAUCAGAAGGCUUUUAUAAAUAAAAUACUGAAUCAAACCGUGGGUUUCUAUUAGAACCCAUUACAGACAUUAUUCUACAUAAGAUUCAGGUAAUAAGAUAAAACAAAGAUGAAGUAUCAGAUUCAGAACCAGAUGAAUGAAUCAUCAACAGAAGAAAAGAAAGAUUGCAGCAACGAAGAACAAUCAUAUAACAGAAAACAAAAAUCACUUGGUCUAUUGUGUUCUAAUUUCUUCAACCUGUACGACGAUGACGAUGUCGAGUUUCUUAACCUGAAUGAUGCUGCAAACAGAUUAGGAGUUGAGCGUCGCAGAAUGUACGAUGUCGUUAAUGUUUUCGAGGCUAUUGGAGUUCUUGUAAAGAAGGGAAAAGCUCAAUACUACUGGAAAGGUUUGGGUGGAAUUGCAAAUGCCCUAAAAGAGAUGAAGGAAGAAGCUUUGAAUGAUAGUUUCAACAUCUCGUGUGAUGAUGAUGGCACCGAAACGUUAGUCGAUCAGCAAACUGGUAGUAGUAGUCAAGAGAACUUAAAUGCGAAUUCAAGGGUUGAAGCAUUGGCAGCUGGCUCUAGCCUUGCUAAGUGUUCUUCUUCCUCCUCUAAGAAUGGUGGUACCAGAACUGGAAAGUCUCUCCGGCAACUUACUGAGGAGUUCGUCAAGCUCUUACUUUCUUCUGACGGUAAGGUUGUUGCUCUUGACCAAGCAGCGAAGAUAUUGCUUACGGAUGCCAAUAACUCAUCAGAAACACGAUGUAAUGACUCAAAAGUUAGACGGCUUUAUGACAUUGCAAAUGUAUUGAGUUCAGUUGGGCUUAUCGAAAAGACUCAUUAUCUUAAUAGUGGGAGACCAGCAUUCAAAUGGUUGGGUCGACAAAAGGAAACAUUGCCAGUUUCAAAGAAAAGGAUUUUCGGGACUGAUUUGACAAACAUGAGUAUUAAAAGGAACAAGACAGUCUCUUCCAUGAACCUAAAUUUAAACUCGCAUAACCAAGAGCAAGACAGGUAUGAUCUGGCUCAUAGGCACAACCCUUUUGGAUUUGAUCCUACUAAGUUGCCCAACGCCGAUGCCAUUGUGAAGAAAACUGUAACAAGAUCCCAGGCUAUGCUGAAUCUGGCUUCUACACAUAUCCCACCAUACAGAAACCAAGGGUUGCAGGGACUCUUUGCUCAUUAUACGGAAGCUUGGGGUACGUGGUACGAUGAGAUCGGGAAGAAGCCAUGACCAGAGAAGUAAUGAAAUCUUCUGAAUUCAUUUCUGUACCUUCUGCGCUCCGAUCCUCUUAGACGUCAAGUAUAUAACUAUGAUGAUACAGAUAAAAUACCGUGUUAUACUUUCUUUGGUUAACCUUGUAAAAAGAAUACAUGGUCUUCAAUGUACCAACCAGGGCAAAUGGUCAUGUUCUCAUACUCAAUUUUGAAUGACCGGCCUUGAAAUUUAUUUCUGUUCCAGUCUGAUGAGCAAAGAGUAAUAAAAAUUCA